AUGUUGUAUGACGAUGUCCUCCCGGACGAUUUGCCGUCGGCCUGCGUCACAGCUCUCAUGGCAGAUGUGGCUUGCGAUCGCCUCGUCCCUGAUCUUCGCCCAGACUUCUUCUAUCCUCCAGCUUCGCUUGAGCGUCUUUGCACGACCGGCUGCGCCACGGCGCUCCAGUCAUGGGAAGCCUCGGUGCGGUCCGCUUGUGGCAUGGACAUUGUCAUACCUGUCGAGUUCGACCUGCCCACGUCACCUAUUGCGAUACCGGCCACUCGUCGCUACAUCUACGAUUUUACAUGUUUGAAGGAGAACAAUAUAGUCUGCGGUCCAGUUGCAGCCUUGGCCGCUGUGUACAGCAAUCCUGGGGUCACCAUCUUCAAUUAUCUGAGUGAGGUCCCGGCUGAUUCCACGCGGCCAAGCAACUGUGACGCAUGCCUCGCCGCCAGGUUGCGCGUGCGCAGCGGCUCUCCCUACUUCGACGGCCCCAUUGUGGCAAGCGAGUCGCAAUACCAAAGCAUGACAUCGAGCUGCGGCAUUGCCGGCAAGCCCGCGACCACAUCGACCAUUGACUAUUUCACCAGCCAGCCAGAGCCGACAGACGAGGCCUGCAGCGGUACCACGUACCAGAUCCAAAGCAGCGACGACUGCUACAGCAUCUCAAAGGCCCAGAGCGUCGGGACCGCCUGGAUGUUGGCAGAUAACCACCUGACCGCGUACUGCGCCGACUUUCCUACGUCGGGAAGCCUCUGUAUCACCAACACUUGCAAGACCGCCACGGUCGCAAGCAACACAACCUGCGCGGCAAUCGCCGAGUCCGCUGGCAUCACCGAGAUGCAACUCCUGGCCUGGAACCCUAUCAUCAACCCGGUCUGCUCAAACCUCAACAUGAUGAACGGCACCACUCUAUGCAUUGAGCCUCCUGGACCCAGGCUCCCCCCGCCGGCGACGACUGAUCUCCCGCCUUCGACGCCGACCACCGCUGCCCCUAUCCCCACAAACACUGCCGUAGGAUCAGACAAGCCGUGCGGCCGCUGGUAUGAAGUCGAGUCGGGCGACUACUGCAACCUGCUCACCCUCAAGUUUGCCAUCUCUCUCCCAGACUUUCUGUUCUUGAACACUGGCAUCAACUCCAACUGCACAAAUCUCUAUGCUGCCGAGAGCUACUGUGUACAGCCUGUAGGAGACAUCAACACCUAUCCCGGCCGCCCUGGAUACGUGUCGUUCACUAUCGACCCCAGUGCAUCUUUUACUGGCGUGCCGUUCACCAUGCUGCCCAACGCCACCAUGACCCUCUCGCCGAGACCUACUGAGACUCCCCUGGCUCCUGGCGUGCGCGACGACUGCGUAUUCUACUUCAUGGGUGAAGACUACCAGUUCUCCCCUGACCAAUUUGGCUUUUGGAAGAGCAACUGCGAGAUCGCGGCAAGCAUGUACGGCGUCGACUUUGACAGCUUCGCGGCUUGGAACUCGCUGACAGCAAACGUCACGGAUGCCGCUUGUGUCUUUGAGGUUGGCAAGCGGUACUGCGGCUCCUGGGGCCUGAUGCCGACGCGCACUAGCACUGAGGAGCUCGAGCCCACCGCCACCGACGACGGCAAGCCCAAGCCUCCGGCAGCCACACACGACGGCCAACCCGCGGACUGUGACGGCUGGCACGUCGUCGCAGAGAGCGAAUCGUGCCAGUCUGUCGCUGACAACGCCGGCAUCUCCCUCGAGGACUUCUACGCAUGGAACCCCGCCGUGUCCAGAGACUGCUCGACCAACUUCUGGCUCGGUCAGGCCUAUUGCAAGUUCUACUCGUGGAACCCGGCCGUCUCUCGUGACUGUGUGACAAACUUCUGGCUGGGGCAGGCAUACUGUGUUGGCGUCUCCUCGGGUUCCUCGCCACAGCCCACUCGCACGACGACGACGGCAGCGCCGACGACGGCGAAGCCGACGCCCCCGGGCCCAACGCACACUGGUCAGCCCGCCAACUGCAACAAGUGGGAUGUAGUCCAAGACGGAGACUCGUGUGGCUCCAUGGCGAGCGACAAUGGCAUCUCCGUCAGCCAAUUCUACGACUGGAACCCGGCAGUCAGCAGGGACUGCGUGACAAACUUCUGGAUAGGACAGGCGUACUGCGUUGGUGUGUCUGGGUCUAACGGCAGGAUUCGUCGUGAUUGA